AUGCGGGGCACGAGCUGCGUGGGCGGCGGCGAGAGCCCGGGUGGCGCGGGGCUGAGUGAAGGCCCGCGCGGCCGCUGGCUGCGCCUUGCCCCGGUCUGCGCCUACUUUCUCUGCGUCUCGUUGGCCGCCGUGCUGCUCGCCGUCUACUACGGUCUCAUCUGGGUUCCCACGCGGCCCCCCGCGGGGCCCGCCGGCCCGCCGCCCAGCGCGCUGUCCCCUCCGUGCGCCGCCCGCCCGGGCGCGCCGCCCGCCCCGGCGCCCGCCGCUGCCUCGGUCUCCUGCCUCCUGGGAGCCCCCGGUGGGCCGCGACCCCAGCUCGAGCUGCCGCGCAGCCGCCGCCGCCGCCGCCACAGCGACCCCAGCCGCCGCCCGAGCCGCCAGACACCCAGAGAGACGCCGGAGGCCGUGGGGGGGCGAGGACCCGGGUAACCCUGCCUCCCGCCCCAAGCUGGAUCGCCAGCCCUCGAGAGCCGGUGUCCCUCCUCAUGAUACCACCUAGCGUCUCCGGAGCCGUCAUCCAGAAGAAUGGGGGGCCAAGGGGAGCUGGCCCGGGGCCUUGCUCCUCUGCCGUCAGGCCGGGGUCCUCCUCCGCCAUCUGGCAGACCCCAUCCUGACGCUUCCUGAUACCCUCCGUAGGAUUCUGAGCACAGAGCCCACAGCCCACCCUCUCCUCUCUGAAUCUCUGUGUCCAUGCGUCCCCUGCAGUAAACUCCAGCCCCAACUGC